AUGCAACAAGAAGUGAAAGGAGAAGAAAUGGUCAUGUUAGCCCGCACUGGUUUUGGUUCUAAUCAUAUUUCUAAGAAAAAGGAUACACUAAAUAAAAAUCUAGAUUCCGCCACCACAGCUGCGUUAGUAAGUACUUCAAAUUCUGAGAGCCUAGAUGUGAACGGAAUUAUCAGAGUUAAAACUCGAAUUACUGAACGCAUAGAUAAGCCUUUCUUCAUUUCACCUAUUCUUCUUCCUGAUAAAUGUAUCUUUACUCAAAGACUGAUUGAAUAUUUUCACCGAGAAAACUGUCAUGCUGGAACCCAGAUAUUACUAAGUAUAUUGCGUGAAAAGUACUGGAUUACAAGAGGAAGAAGAGCGAUACGUAGUGUUCUGAAGGACUGUAUUAAAUGUCGACGAUACAAAACUAAAUCUCUCAUCACUGAACCAUUUUCUUUACCUGCUGAUAUAGUGGAAAAUGCAGCAGCUUUCGAAGUAGUUGGUAUUGACUUAGCUGGUCCCCUAUUUGUAAAACGUGGGAACAAAGUAUGGAUGGUUUUCUACACGUGUGUUCUUUAUAGAGCAAUUCAUUUAGAGUUAAUAACAUCGCUUUCCACUGAUGCUUUUCUGUUAUCAUUUAGACGUUUUGUUGCUAGAAGAGGAAGACCUAGAGUGGUUUAUACAGAUAAUGGUACAAACUUUAGGGGAAGCUUAUAA